AUGGUGGAGAGGGUCCACCGGUCACUCAAGGCUUCCCUAAUGGCAUGCUGCACCGGCGAGGAUUGGAAGAGCCAACUACCGUGGGUCUUCCCCGGCCUCAGGACCGCCCCUCGGGCGAACGGCGAAGCAUCACCUGCGGAGAAGGUAUACGGGGAACCAUUGACAGUCUCAGGCGAGUUCUUCCCGACCACUGCUGAUGACGGAGACGUCUCCAUCACCAGACUUCGGGAAUCCGCCGGAAAAUUCACGCCCUGCAUCAAGACCUUCUCUGACAGAACCAAACACUUCCUCCCGAAGGCCCUAUCAUCCUGCAAACACGUCUUCAUCAGGGACGACGCCCACCACCCGCCACUAACGAGACCCUACCGAGGCCCCUUCCACGUCCUCCGACGCACCGACAAGGCGUACUUCAUAUCCAUAAAUGGUCGUGAGGACUGGGUCACGAUCGACCGACUGAAACCAGCUUUCCUUACGGAUGAAGAGUACGCUGACGCGGAUUCCAUAGGGAGCCUCACUCUUCCUCGGAAAGAAGCGACUCCAUUGAUCGCCAAACCACCCAGUCGUAGCCGUGGCCGCCCUAGGAAGACGGUCGAACCCCCUGAGGGUCACCUCAGGGGAGGCAUCCCGUCCCCUAAAAUCUCCGAGGACUCCGAGGCCGAGGAUCUACCACAGCAGCUGGUCUCGCGCACCCGAGGCUGCCUCCGCCGGCCCGCUCGCUUCUGCGAGUAA